UCAUCUCUGCUUAUCAGGAGUGCGGAAAUGCAGGCGAUAAGGUCUCUGUUUAUCCCAAAAUGGUCGUCCGACGUGCGGCUGGACGGGAAGACAGCGAUAGUAACGGGGGGCAACACAGGAAUCGGAAAAGAGACGGCUAAAGACCUAGCUGCUAGAGGUGCACGAGUGAUCCUGGCGUGCCGGGACAUUGCCAAAGCCGAGCAGGCGGCCAAAGACAUCAUGAGGGAGGUGCCGUGCCCAAAGGUCAUUGUCAGGCAACUGGAUUUGGCCGACACUAAAUCCAUCUGCCAGUUUGCAGAGAAAAUCUACAACAGCGAGAAGGCGUUGCACUACUUGAUCAACAACGCCGGCGUGGCUAUUUGUCCUUAUGCUACCACGGUGGAUGGAUAUGAGAUGCAGUUCGGAGUCAAUCACUUGGGUCAUUUUUUCCUUACCUUCUUGCUACUGGACUUGCUAAAGCACUCCGCCCCUUCCCGGGUCAUCAACCUCUCCUCCAUCGCUCACACCAUGGGCCGGAUCCACUUUGACGACCUGAAUGGGGAGAAGAGCUAUCAUCCCGUGCGAGCCUACGCGCAGAGCAAGCUAGCUAACGUCCUGUUUACCAGGGAGCUAGCUAAAAGGAUGGAGGUCAUGGGAGUGAUGGUGUACUCGGUGGACCCCGGUACUGUGAAAACGGAGAUAACAAGACACAUCAGGAGGCCUGUGGCGGACUUGAUCCAAAUGUUUGGUUCUCUGAUCAAGACCCCAGAAGAAGGGGCGUAUACCACCAUCUACUGCGUGGUCACCCCUGAGAGUCAGCUGCAGGGCGGAGGACACUACAAAGAUUGUGCCCUCAGCAAGAGCUGCAGGGCGGGGCAAGAUGAUGGAACCGCCUUAAAACUGUGGGCCACCAGUUGCUCUCUGCUGAACAUCCGUUGGAGAUAGUCACCUAAGUACUACAACUUGCUGUUGUACUUUUACGACACGUUUCAUGCUAAGAUACAUGAAGGUCUGUGGUUGAC